AUGGCGCGGGUUUACGCAGACGUUAACCAGAACAUGCCCCGCAGUUACUGGGACUACGACAGUGUGAAUAUCAGCUGGGGCGUGCUCGAGAACUACGAGGUCGUGAGGAAAAUUGGCCGCGGAAAGUACUCGGAGGUCUUCGAGGGCAUCAACGUCGUCAACUACCAGAAAUGCGUCAUCAAGGUCCUGAAGCCCGUUAAGAAGAAGAAGAUCAAGCGUGAAAUCAAGAUCUUGCAAAACUUGGCCGGUGGUCCCAAUGUCGUGGCAUUGCUGGAUGUUGUCAGAGAUUCGCAAAGUAAAACGCCGUCGCUGAUCUUCGAGCACGUCAACAACACCGAUUUCAGGAGCCUGUACCCCAAGUUCAACGAUCUGGACGUUCGUUACUACAUCAACGAGCUCCUUAAGGCUCUCGACUUCUGCCACAGCAAGGGCAUCAUGCACCGCGACGUCAAGCCUCACAACGUUAUGAUCGACCAUGAGAACAGAAAGCUGCGGUUGAUUGACUGGGGUUUGGCCGAGUUCUACCACCAGGGCACGGAGUACAACGUUCGCGUCGCUUCGAGAUACUUCAAAGGACCCGAACUGCUGGUUGACUUCCAGGAGUACGACUACAGCCUCGACAUGUGGAGUCUAGGGGCUAUGUUCGCAUCCAUGAUCUUCCGCAAGGAGCCCUUCUUCCACGGCAACAGCAACUCCGACCAACUUGUCAAGAUUGCCAAGGUUCUGGGUACGGACGAUCUGUUCGACUACCUUGACAAAUACGAGAUCGAGCUUGAUGCGCAAUACGACGACAUUCUGGGUAGGUUCCAGAAGAAGCCGUGGCACUCAUUCGUUACCGCCGAGAACCAAAGAUUCGUCUCUAAUGAAGCAAUUGACUUCUUGGACAAGCUUUUGAGAUACGACCACCAGGAACGCCUCACUGCCAAGGAGGCCCAGGCGCACCCGUACUUCAACCCCGUUCGGGACCCCGAGGUCUUCAAGCAAAACCUUGCCGAGCAGCGCGCGUCCGGUGUAUCCAGCAACUGA